CACAUGCGCACUUGACGUUCCGCGCCCUAGCCCCCCUGACGAUCGACCUUGCAUGACUCUGAGAGAUGGGGUCCAGCGCGUCAUCAAGCGCGUCUCGAAACUGGUUCCUCAUCUUACUCCUUCUGACAGUCACUUUCUGCCAAGUGCUGCUCCUCUGGUCUCCGGGUGGUCAAAUAUGGUUCCGAGAUAUCCUAGAUUCCUCGUCUCGCUGGGGCCGCUGUCGGUCCCUCAACUCGACCAGCGCUGUGAGGUCAGCGGUUGUAAGUUACUCCCCGAUUGCCACUCGGCCUCCGCUGGGCCUGAUCGACGGACACUCAGACCAGCUGCUAAUGCCCCUCGAUCGCGUGAAGCGCGCAUUUGAAAACGAGGCGGCGACCCUGUUUGUGUUGCGCAUCAUGAAAACAGGGAGCACGGGCCUGGAUGCGUUAUUCAACACAAGGAAUCCUGGGGAGUGCUCUCCCCACCUCAAUAAGGACCUGAUUAACACGUCAGGUCCGGAACUGGGGUGCAAUCGGCUGGCCAUCUUGGUGCUCCGUGCGCAGUUGGACCUCAGCUGUCAAGACUUGCGGGGAUGGGAUGACCCAGCGUAUGUCACUCUUGACUGCCUCCCUUUCACGGCAUCCUAUGAGUACGAGCAAAACUUCUACCGGUUGCCAUUCCCGGAGCAGGACCGACUGCGCACCUUGUACCGAGGUGCUCGACUUGUGAGUGGACACUUUCCACACGGCGUCCAUCGCAUCGGGCAUCGGGGCCUCUUUACCUACGUCACUCAAGUGCGUGAUCCGGUCGCCAGAGCGCUGAGCCACGUCAACCACCACAUACUAGAUCAUCCAGGCAUUUUCGAUGGUUUCUCGAAGGAAGAGUUUGUCUUGAGCACCCGGUUUGGAUACAUGAAAAGCAAUCAUCAGGUGCGAGUCCUCUGCAAUGAGGCGUCAAUAGGUCGUUACGACAUGUACGCCGAGCAGGUGUAUUGCAACAAGCAUGAAUGCCGGGAACCAGGGACCCCGCUUGAGGGGCUUACGGAGGUGACGGAGAUGCACUAUCAGUGUGCAUUAUCGCACUUACGGCAUGACUUUUCUCUCGUGUUUGUAUCUGAACUUGUAGACGAGGUGUUGAAAUUGGGGCCAACUAUCUCUCGUCUAUUCAAGAUGAAGGUGCUGGCCAACCCAAAGAUAGUACCAUACAAUCCCACCACUUUCAAUAACCGCACACUGAGAUUGUCGGAAGCUCCAGCAAACAUAUUGAAUUGGUUGAAUCAGCUCAAUUACUGGGACCAACGAUUAUACGAAGAGGCUAAGAAGUUGCACAGGAUCUCGGUACAACGGUUGAAAGCUUUGCAAGAAAACCUAUCUUAGCUUCCUCAUCAACAGGCUUGCAAGGUAACGGGGAAGUUCCCAAAAACUGGCGCCAC